UAAGAGGUCAGUGAAUGCUCAGCAGCGCUGUGCUGCUCUGACUGAGACCUCCGACAUAACAAACACAACUAUCAGCGGCUCAACACUCACACUUUCUCCUGCAAGUCUCACAUUACUGGAGUUUAAAACGCUCCGCAUCAACACAGCGUGAUACAACGGGAAUAUGUAACGCGAAUCAGUUACGAUGAAGGACUGGUGUAAUCUUCUGCUCUUGGCUGGAAUUGCUGCUGUUUUGCAUGCAGCCGAAUGAGCACCCAUGCACACUAUGGCAACAGCAAUCGGUCCAUGCUCAGAUGCAGAGGACCUUUUGGCUUCCAUCCACCUCGAGAGGUAUCUGGACCACUUCCGUCAGGCAGGCUUUCUCCUCGCCCGAGACUUCUGCCAUGUGGACAAUGUGGCUCUGAACAGGGUGGGAGUCACUGCCACCGGCCACAGGAAGCGUAUCCUCAAACUAGUCGAGCACAUUCAGCUGAUCUGUCAACAUCAAAGCAAAGAGCCCUCGCUAGAUCGCUGUAAUUCAGAGUCUGCUAUUCACGAGGUGGACCCUGUUAAAGCGGAGCCUCAUUCUCCUUCAAGACACCCUAGCACUGCCUCAGAAGCCUUAUGUAACAGCUCGGCCCCGAAUCUUUGUGCACAAGUAAAGCGCUCGUUCUCAGAGCGGAGCGCCGGUGUUGAAAAGCCGGUCCCAAAACCAAGAACUGUCUUCCACAGAUUAAGAGCAGAGAGAAUUUCUUUACCAACACAACAUGAAAUGCAACCUCGCCAAAAGUCAUCUCAGGACCCACUUUUAAAAGUUGCAGAAGGUUCAUCCUCCAGUAUAGACACUGUUGAAUCAUCUACUGAAUCAAAAAAGGGGCCUUGCGAACCAGGUUUGAGUAAUAGCACUUCAGCCCCAGAGACUAGUGAUCCGUUACCCCCAGUGCCCCCUAGGUUAAAUCGAGGAAUUCCCCCAUCCACAUUCAGGAGAAUGUCGGAUCAGGAGCGUCUGAGCACCCCUCCUGACUCCCCCUCCAGUUAUCAGUGCUCUCCUUUCACUAACACACCCGGUUCACCUCCAAGUCCACCCUGCUCAGGGCUAGAGAUGGUCUCUAAUGAAAUCUACUGUGGCACUUUACCAGGCACUCCACAUGUGUUUUGGAGUCGCUCUGUACCUGUUCCGCCUCCACGCCAAGAGGUCAGCCCAUCCACUGAAAAUCAUAGCACUUUAGAAAAGUCGGACUCAACUGAAACACCUAAAAGAGCAUCUGCCGACACAGCAUCUGCUGAGGAUGAAGAUGAAAUGAUCAACCCAUACUGUGAAACUGUUUUCCACAGCAGACGACAAUAUCAGCAUUCAGAGGUUGAGAGGACCAAAAGUGAGGAAAAGACUGCAAAUAAAGAAGAUAAACAAAGAGAACAUGGGCAGCGCAAUCACGCGUGGCUCAAGCGUCUUGAUUCUCCAGGCUACUGCACUGUGGGUGAACCGUCCCCGGCCUCUCACUCCUUCUCCCUCCCUCAUAACCUCGGCUUCAUCGAAGCGGACGAGGACCACAUCAUCUCUCCCUACGCCAGCUUCACCUCGCUGUCCGAGCGGGCGGCACCCAUCCUCAGCGGCUGGCUGGACAAGCUCUCUCCUCAAGGGUACGCCCCGUCGGGGCUGCUGCUCUCCUCUCAUCUCUGCGUCUCCUGCACGCUCCUCAGUGGCUGUUUCUGCUCCCUGUCUGUCCUCUCCGGCCGAAACUAUGUGUUCCAGAAACGAUAUGUGAAGUUUGAUGGGAAGAACCUGAUGUACUUUGGUAGUGAAAAGGAUGCUUACCCCAAAGGUGUGAUUCCCUUAGCUGCCAUACAGAUGGCCCGCGUAGCCAAAGACAAUAAAUUUGAGGUCGUCACAAGUCACAGGACAUUUGUCUUCCGAGCUGAUAAUGAUGUUCAGAGGAGCAAAUGGUGCAGUACGUUGCAGGAGCGGGUCAAAGAACAGCUGGUUUUCGGCCGCCCACGUUUUGGCCCUGGCAGUCACUGCCAAAAGAGCGGCUUCCUGGAGCUCAAAACCAAGUCAAAGAUUUACACAGCCAUUAUAAUGGAGCAGAUCUGGUUGUACAAGAGUGAGCAGUGCUUUAAAAAUGGAAUUGGAAUUACUGUAAUUGAGGCCCGAGGUGCUACAGUUCGUGAUGGGAAGGGCAAGAGCUUUGAUCUCAUUACACCGUAUAAAACCUUCAGCUUUACAGCAGAGUCGGAGCGAGAGAAGAGGGACUGGAUGGAGGCCCUGCAGGAAUCUAUAGCGGAAACACUAUCUGAUUAUGAGGUGGCGGAGAAGAUCUGGUCCAACAGGUCCAACAAGAUCUGCGCAGACUGCAAAGCCAUCAAUCCGGACUGGGCAUCCAUCAAUCUCUGUGUGGUCAUCUGCAAGAACUGCGCAGGCCAGCAUCGAGGUCUCGGCACAAUGGUGUCGAAAGUGCAGAGUCUCAAACUAGACACCAGCGUGUGGAGCAAUGAGAUCGUCCAACUCUUCAUAAUGCUUGGCAAUGAUAAAGCCAAUGAAUUCUGGGCAGCCAGACUUCCUGUGACUGAGGAGCUGGACUGUGACGCCUCCCCAGAGCAGCGGAGAGAGUUUAUCACACACAAAUACAGAGAAGGCAGAUAUCGCCACCCUCAUCCCAGUUUUAGCACCCAAGAGGAACUUCUUAAGGCGCUGUGCACCGCUGUGACUGAGCAGAACCUGCUAAAAACAGUCACUCAGAUAUUUGCGGAGGCCGAGGCCGCUCGACUCGCUGACGCUAAUGGAAACGAUAAGCGCGUAUCUCCGCAUUACUCAUACACACAGUCUGCAGAUUCCUGUGUCUAUGAUGAGAUCAUGCAGCCCAUCCUGUACUCCGGCUACCUCUACAAGUCAAGCUCCUUGAACAAAGGGACAUUAUCCCGCAGAACCAGAGACGCAGAUUUUCAAAAGUACUGGUGUUCGGUGGAGAAGUCUAUUCUCUUCUACGAGUCUGACAGAUGUCAUGAGCCCAGUAUGAAGGUCGAUGUUAAAGACAUCAUCUGUUUAGGAGUUAGCAGGCCAGACUCCAGCGACAACAGCGGCUUUAUUGACAAAUUUCGAUACACUUUUGAACUUUACCUAACAUGUGAUAAAGUGAUCCAGUUUGGCUUGGAGACUCCAGAUGCGUUGCACAGUUGGGCACGAGCAAUAGGGAAGGCCACCACGCCCCUCAGCUGUCACUGCCUGCUGGCGCGAGAGUUCGAGCGAGUGGGCGUCCUGCGCUACAAGGCCAUGCUAGACCCACAGCAGUGGAAAGAAGGCUUCUUUGUUCUGCAGAAGUCCAACCUGUUCAUAUGCCCUGGAAAUGAUGGAGCCGCAGAGGAUAUUAUAAACCUGAAACGCCUACAGGAGCUCAGCAUUGCAUCCGAAACAGAGAACCAUGAGAAGAAGGAUAUCCUGGUUCUUGUUGAGAAAGGAAGGACUCUGCAUCUGCAGGGCAUGGGCAGGACCGAUUUCUCCCUGUGGUACGCAGACAUUCAGAAGGCAGCAGGAGGGAAAGGGAACACCCUGAAAGACCAGCAGCUCAGCAGAAAUGACAUCCCCAUCAUCGUUGACAGCUGCAUUGCCUUUAUAACUCAGUAUGGUCUGGGCCAUGAGGGGAUAUACAGGAAAAACGGUGCGAAAUCCAGAAUCAAGCUUUUGAUGGAGGAGUUUCGUAAGGACGCCCGCAAUGUGAAACUCCGCAUUGGAGAUAACUUCAUAGAGGACGUGACGGAUGUACUGAAAAGGUUCUUUCGGGAGAUUGAUGAUCCCAUAUUCAUGGCUGAUCUCCACCCCUUCUGGAGGGAAGCUGCCAAGAUAUAUCAAAAGCCACAGCGCUUGGACCGAUACAAAGAGCUGAUUCGAGGGUUACCUCGGGUCAACAGAACGACUUUAGCAGCUCUCAUCAGUCAUCUCUACAGGGUGCAGAAGUGUGCUGAUCUCAAUCAGAUGUGCACUAAGAACCUGUCCCUGCUGUUCGCUCCCAGCCUGUUUCAGACUGAUGGGAAAGGGGAGCAUGAGGUCAAAAUCAUAGAAGACCUCAUCGAUAACUACCUGUACAUAUUUGAUAUUGACGAAGAACAUCAAACUCAGAUUGAACUGGAAAUCAGUUUGAUAACCACUUGGAGGGACACACAGCUCUCACAGGCAGGGGACUUGAUUAUUGAAGUUUAUCUAGAAGAAAAGAUACCAGACUGCUGCAUCACUCUGAAAGUGUCUCCCACAAUGUGUGCGGAGGAGCUGACCAAUCAGGUGCUGUAUAUGAGGAAUAUUCCUGCGGGGGAAAAAGACGUGUGGAUGACCUUCGAGGCCAUCGAGGAAGGAGAGCUUGAGCGACCUCUUCACCCUAAAGAGAAGGUUCUGGAACAAGCGCUACAGUGGUGUAAGAUGGCCGAUCCCAGCUCAGCGUAUCUGGUGGUGAAGAAGGUGCCUAGAGGAGAAGCUAUAGACAUUUUCACAGCCUAUAAGAGUGAGAUAGUGAAGUCUGGAGUGCUGAAGUGUCGGGAAGAGCCGCCCAAGCUCUUGCAAGGAAACAAAUUCCAGGAGCGAUCUUUCCAAAUUAAAGACCACAGAUUACUCCUGAUGAAGGACAAAAAAAGCAACAAACCUGAGAAAGAGUGGCAACUGAAAACCUUGAAGAUUUACAUGGGGAUCAGAAAGAAGUUAAAACCACCAACAAAAUGGGGAUUAACAGUGAUGCUGGAUAAACAGCAGUUAAAAAUGGACCCUUAUGACUGGUUUUGUGGUCCAGGGUCACAUAUGUACCUCAGCUGUUCCUGUGAGACUGAAUUAUGGGACUGGAUGACUAAUUUACUAAAAGCACAGAAUGAUGAUUUGCGUCCACCUGUGAUGAGACGGCACUCUUCCUCUGACAUUUCCAAGCAGAAGUUUGGCACCAUGCCGCUUGUGCCCAUCAGAGGAGAGGAGAGCAAUACCAACUCCACCAUGCUCUCCGCCAAUCAGACUCUGAGAAAGCUCCACACAAGAAGGGCUCUCUCAAUGUUCUUUCCCAUGAAGGUGCAGCAGGACUCGUUUGAGGAGCGCAUUAAAAGCCCCGAGCCUUUGUAUGAGGAGGUGGGCGACUUCGGUCUGCAGGUGCUCAAAUCUUUGGAAACUAGUUUCCUAUCCAGCGCUCAGGCAGAGACACAGGAGGUGCCAGCACGGCCCGUCAGCCUCGGACAGAGGAAGGCCGCCUCCCUGGAUCGCAUGGUUGGGUCAAAGCCAGUGCACUCUCUCUUAUCCUCUGGAGAAUCAAUAGACACUCUGGGCCAGGAGGACUCUCUGCACGUCCCAGGUAGGCACAGGUCCCACAGAUCAUGCAGCCCGGAACAGGAACUGCUGUUACAGGAACUCUCAACGAUGUUCUGCAAGAAACCCGAGUCUGAAGACCAGCGUGAGAACCUCACCUGAGCUUAGAGACUAGAUCAAUCUCAAGAGCAAUUUGCUUUGGAACUCGAAAUUGCUGAUAUUAAAUAUUGCCAUGUGUGUCUGUUUGAAAAUGGCUUGUAAGAAUCCAGUAUUAAAGCCAUCGGUUUAUUAACGUGAAGAAUUGUGCCAAAGCAGUCAAUGAAAUGCAAAUCGGUGAAUCUGUGCUAGAAUUGUUUUGUAUAAAUUGACUAAAUCUGUUUUGGCUUGUGCAUGUGUUGACUCGUUACACUAAAACUGGCCGACCUCUCAACAUUUAAAAAAAAAAAAAUCUUUUUUUAUCGUUAUUAUAUGUUAUUGUUGUAUUAUUUGUACCUAAAGAUGAAAUUACAUUUAAGUUCCUUUUCGUAAAAAUACAUUUCUCGGCUCAGUACUGUUACAUGUUUAGUAUAACAGUAAGAAAUGCAUGGAAAGCAAAGCAUGUGCAGUCUGUAAUACAUAAUUGGUUGUCUUAUAAGCAGUGAAAACAUUUACAUUGAUAUUCCUAGACUGCAGACUGAUUAAAUGACUACUGUAUGAGUGCAUUUCACUUCAUCUUUUAUAUGUAUACAGUGUAUUAUAUUUAUUAAUUUAUUUAUAUAGACUAUUUGAAUCAUUCUCAUAUUUCUCAGUGUUUGGUGACAGUGAAGGAGCAUUAUCAGAAGGAUAAAAGCAGUUUCGACUGUAACAGUAGAGGGCAGUAUAGAUACAGCACAUGAUGUCCUGACAAUCUAAAGUGUUUCAUGCCUCUUUACAGGCAUUUAUUAAAGGCAUCUAUAAAGUUCAUAACAAAAUAAAUCUGUUCUUACCCUGAUUUUAUAUUCUUUGGUUCUUUGUGUUUUAAUAACCAUUUAUUUGCAUUGAAUAAAGUAUAAUUUGUUUAUGA